UUGCGUCGCGUUGCACAUGGAUCCCUCGCAUGGUGUACCACAAGGCACCGCGGAAACAUUCCAUCAGGCGCCGCUACAUCCCUUUCCUCCCUUGAAAGGACCGGUCGAUUGGACGGACGAUUUGAAAUGGGUGCGCAAGCCGCGGGGUGGUCGAGGGCUCGGAAAGGAGGUUCUCUCCAUGUUCCGGAUCUGGGAGCACUCGCUCACUCGAGUGCUAAACUUCAGCCGCUUGCUGGCGAUGCUCGCACUUGCUCGGGUUCCUGAGAUGACUCUGAACACAAAUACAGCCAGUCUCAGUCUAAGUCGCUCAGUCGAUGCGUAGGCAGUCCCGUCACUGAUUUCAAGUCAGCGGAGAACUAACUUGUAGAUCUUAGGUUCCACAGCUCUUCGAAUAUCCUUGGUGGCCGGAGACAUCCGAUUCUCACCCCUACAAUGUCUCGCGGUCAUAAACCCCGCAGUCCAAUGUUAGAGAAGACAGGCACGCCCCUUCAUCGUAUGUUAAUCUUCAGACAAACCACGUCAGUACUCCG